CACGGCAGCUGAGCUGAGCUCCUUCAUAACUUCAGAACAAGAGUGUGAGCUCCUUCAUAACUUCAGAACAAGAGUGUGAGAAGCUCAGAAGGUCCAACAGGGCGGUGGAGGUCACGCGCACUGAAUCGGAACGUUGAAGGGAGCGAGAGCAUCUUUGACAGCAUCUAAACUUUUCCACCACUUUUCUCCUAUUUUUUUUAAAGGAAGACAAUAUUGGCUUUUUCAUCACUAUCUUGUUACUGUUUUUAGCGAGCCAAUGUCUCUCCCUUUACCCCAAGAUUCAUCCUGAGGUUCUGAGCGGAGACACAAACUAUUACAACUUUGUUGGCGACGCGUCAUAGACCGUUCGGUCUGAAAAUGGGCAUCAAGCGUGUGCCAUUGUUGCUUGUGCAGGUACUUCUCCUGGUGGCUGUGUCCUCCGGGCAGAACACGGGGACCGAAGGGACAAAAGAGGAGAUCCCAGAAGGAGCGUCCACCCUGGCGUUCGUCUUUGAUGUCACCGGCUCCAUGUACGAUGAUCUCGUGCAGGUUAUUGAGGGGGCAUCCAAGAUUUUGGAGAUGUCGCAGAGUAGAACAAAGAGACCCCUCUACAACUAUGCAUUGGUUCCGUUCCACGACCCGGAAAUAGGACCGGUAACCAUCACAACGGAUCCGAAGAAGUUUCAGUUUGAACUGAGGGAGCUGUACGUCCAGGGAGGUGGAGACUGCCCAGAAAUGAGCAUUGGCGCCAUCAAGAUCGCCCUGGAGAUCUCCCUGCCAGGGUCCUUCAUUUACGUCUUCACAGAUGCCCGAUCCAAAGACUACAAGCUGACCCAGGAGGUCCUGCAGCUCAUCCAGCAGAAACAGUCUCAGGUGGUGUUUGUGCUGACAGGGGACUGUGAUGACCGGGCUCACAUUGGGUACAAGGUCUAUGAAGAGAUCGCCUCCACCAGCUCUGGACAGGUGUUCCACCUGGACAAGAAACAAGUCAACGAGGUGUUGAAAUGGGUGGAAGAGGCAGUGCAGUCAUCCAAGGUCCACCUGCUGUCCACUGACCACUACAACAGGGUCAGCAACACCUGGCCAAUCCCCUUUGACCCCAGCCUGAAGGAGGUCACUGUGGCACUCAGCGGCCCUGCACCUGACAUCGAGAUACGCAACCCCCAGGGGAAGCUCGUCGGGAAGAGCGAUGGUCUGACGGAACUCCUGCACAUUCCUAACUCUGCCAGGGUCAUCAACAUCAAGGACCCGGAGCCUGGAAUGUGGUCCAUUAAGACGUCUAGCGAGGGCAGACACUCAGUCCGGAUCUCAGGAGUCAGCACCAUCGACUUCCGGGCCGGAUUUUCCAGGAAGCCCACUCUGGACUUCAAGAUGACCUCUAGCCGGCCGGUUCAAGGUAUCGCCACUUACAUCCUGCUGAACACCACAGGGCUGUUCCAUCCGGCACGAGCUGAUAGGCUGGAGCUUGUAUCAAUCACAGGCGGUGUGAUUAAGACCCUCCCAGUGCGGUACUAUCCCAACACUGGGACGGGAAGUCCCCUGACAGGAACCAUCUGGAACAUCACAGAGUUUGUCCCGCCGAAAGAGGCCUUCUUCCUGCGGGUCACAGGUUAUGACAAGGACGGCUUCCUGUUCCAGAGGGUCUCCAGUGUGUCCUUCUCCAGUAUUGUUCCUGAUGCACCUAAGGUUGUGAUGCCCCCCACCACCCCGGGGUACUACCUGCAGAGAGGGACCAUCUCCUGCCAGGUAGACAGCCUCAUCCCCUUCACCCUGCGCUUCACCAGGGAGGGGAAAAGCCUGGGUGUCGAUCAGCUCUUCAGGGAGUCAGCCAAUGCGUUAUGGGAGCUGGCCCAGGUGACUCUGAAGGAUGAGGGCUUCUAUGAGUGCAUCGCCAUCAGCAACGCUGGGACAGGACGCGCCCGAACCUUCCUGGAUGUCUCAGAGCCCCCCCAGGUGUCAGUGGACCCCCGGCACAAGACCUUUACCACGGGACAGGAAGUGAGGAUCAGGUGCUCGGCCAGAGGUUACCCCGCCCCCCACCUGGUCUGGACACACAACGACAUGUUCCUCAUGGGUUCCAGCAGACACAGAAUGACCCCUGAUGGGAGUCUGAUCAUCAGGAACAUGGAACAGAAGGAUGCUGGGGUGUACGGCUGUCUGGCCAGUAACCUGGCUGGGACAGACACUCAAACAUCCGUCCUCACCUAUAUCGAGUCCCCUGUGGUGAUCGUGGUGCUGAGUGAGAUUCUGAUUGGUCUAGGAGAAACCGCCAUCUUGGCAUGCUCCGCCUCAGGGAUCCCCCAGCCGGAGAUCAGGUGGUUCAAAGGCGACCUGCAGCUGCGGCCAUCCUCCUACAUGGAUAUUGACCCCCUGGGAGGGACUCUGACGAUCAAGGAGACACAGGACGUUGACGCGGGGGACUACACCUGUGUGGCUGCGAACCCUUCAGGAACCUCCUCACCUGGGAAGAUCACCCUGGAUGUAGGAUCUGCACCCCAGUUCACCAGAGAACCGUCUGACGUGGCGGCGGACAUUGGCUCUAACGUGACCAUGCCGUGCCACGCGCAGGGGUACCCCGAACCCCAGAUCACCUGGAGGAGGGAGGACAACGCACCCGUCUUCACCAGACACCCCACACACAGCACCAUCACACAGAAGACAGGAGGGGACCUGCAAAUCAGCAAUCUGUGGGUGGAGGAUGAGACGGUGUAUGUGUGUGAGGCCCAGAACCAGUUUGGGAGGAUCCAGACCCACGCCAGAGUCACUGUCACCGGACUGGUGUCCCCGGUGAUUGGCCACAGUCCGGGGGUGCUGAAUGUGAUCAAGGAGCAGCAGGUGACUCUGCCUUGUGUGCUGCUGGCGGGAAACCCCCUACCUGAGAGACGCUGGCUACACAACCACGGCCUGGUGAGCUCCAGCCCGUAUGUGACGGUGCGUAGAGACGGCAGCCUGCAUAUAGAACACGUUCGUCUGGAGGACGGAGGGGAAUACACCUGCCUGGCAGAGAACGUGCUGGGCUCCAGCAACCGCACCACCACCGUCAACAUCUAUGUGAUGCCUACCAUCCAACAUGGCCCUCAGGUCUUCAGUACCAUAGAGGGCACCCCCAUCUCCCUACCCUGUCGUGCCGACGGUGUGCCCACGCCCGACAUCACCUGGUCCAAGCGAGGGGAGCUGUUGAACGUCAGUGGUCUGUCCUUCUCUCUGGGGUCUGACGGCAGCCUCCACAUCACCUCCCCCACCGGGGAAGAGUCUGGGGAGUUUGUCUGCACUGCAACCAACGCAGCCGGCUACAGGUCCAAGAAGGUCCAGCUCACUGUCUACGUGCGUCCCAGGCAGAGCGGGGGCUCUGGAGGGGUGGGGAGCAACGGUGGGGCCCUGGAGGUGUCUGUCAUCGAGGGAGAGGACGUGACCCUGCCCUGUGAGGUCCAAAGUAUCCCCCCUCCAAUCAUCACCUGGGCCAAGGAGAAACAGCUCAUCUCCCCCUUCUCACCCAGACACACCCAGCUGCCCUCUGGUUCCAUGAAGAUCCUGGAGAGCCGGGUGUCAGACAGUGGUCUGUACGUGUGUGUGGCCUCUAACAUCGCAGGCAACUUCACCCAGAACAUUCUCCUCAGUGUCCUCGUGCCCCCCAGUAUCCAAGCUGGCCCGAGGGUGUUGAAGGUGCAGGUGGGGCAUCCUGUGGAUCUUCCCUGCGUUGCACGGGGGUUUCCACAGCCCUUCUUGGCCUGGCUGAAGGAUGGCGCCGCCCUGGUGGUGGACGGGACACAGUACAGGACCUCCCCCGAUGGCUCUCUGACCUUAGGCCAGGUGGGGCUGGGUGAUCAAGGGACUUACACCUGCCUGGCCACCAGCAUCGCUGGAAGAGACCAGGCCAACGUACAGCUGCAGGUGCAAGUUCCCCCCGUGGUUGAUGUCCUGGAGCCCCCCUUCAACAGCCCCCACCAGGAGAGAGUAGCCAACCAGCGCAUCGCCUUCCCCUGCCCAGCCAAAGGCACUCCUACCCCCGUGAUAAAGUGGUUGCGUAAUGGUCAGGAGCUGACAGGGAACGAGCCCGGUCUGACCAUCAUGGAGGAUGGAACCCUUCUCAUCCUGGCAUCGGUGUCUCAGCUGGACAACGGAGAGUAUGUCUGCACUGCCGCCAACGAGGCUGGCACCACCCAGAAGAAGUACCAGCUCAAAGUCAACGUGCCCCCAGAUCUCCGUGACAACGGGGCGCCGGGCAACGUGUCGGUGGUUCUGAACCAGCCCACCAACCUGGUGUGUGAUGUCAUAGGAAGUCCCGUUCCCGUCAUCACCUGGUACAAGGAUGGCGUUCCUGUGGUUCCCAGUAGCAGUGUUCAGAUCUUGCAGCGGGGGAAGACCCUGAGGCUAUUGAAGGCCGACAUGGCAGACGCAGGAAGUUAUAGCUGCAAGGCCAUCAACAUCGCAGGAAGUACAGAGAAGGACUUCCUCCUGGAAGUGCUGGUCCCCCCCACCAUCGUAGGGACCGGCUCCCCCAGGGAUGUGUCGGCAGUGCUCAACCAGGAGAUCAGUCUGGACUGUAAGGUCAAAGGAACUCCCUUUCCCACAAUCCAGUGGUACAAAGACAGGAAACUGGUGUUCCUAGGUGACCCCAACAUAGAGGUCAGCAACAAGGGCCAGACAUUGAAAAUAAAGAGUGCUCGUCUCGGAGACCAGGCACGCUACCAGUGUAGUGUCACCAACGCGGCGGGCAAACAGACCAAAGACUUCAAUCUCAGUGUCUACGUCCCUCCCACUAUAAAGGGUGGUAACGUGACCUCAGAGGUCACCGCCCUCCUGGAUACCGUAGUAACGCUGGAGUGUGAGGCGCGCGGCGUUCCGCUCCCCGCCAUCACCUGGUACCGUAACGGAGAUGCCAUCCUGUCCAGCCACCAGGCGCAGUACGUGGACCGAGGUCACUUCCUGCGGAUCCCACGCGCCCAGGCGUCUGACACUGGUCAGUUCAGCUGCAGGGUCACCAGUGUGGCGGGCACUGCAGAGAAGAACUUUGAGCUGGACGUUUACCUUCCUCCUUCCAUCGAGGGGGGGCAGGACACCGUUACAGAGAGAAAGGUGGUACUCACUAAGCCCCUUACCCUGGAGUGUGAGGCAGGGGGGCACCCUCCACCCACCCUGACAUGGUUGAAGGACGGCGUACCUGUCCGGAAUGGGGAGAGCAUCAACAUUCUGGAGCAAGGCCGGAAAAUCGAGAUCCUCUCUGCUUCUGUGUCCGACGCCGGCCGCUAUGUCUGCGUGGCAACCAGCGUUGCCGGGGAGAAGGAGAUCAACUAUGAUGUCAGUGUCCUAGUUCCCCCUGUGGUGGAGGGAGGGGACGAGGUCACAGACACCACGGUCAUCAUCAACAACCUCCUGGAGCUAGAGUGUCGUGCCACGGGAACACCUUCACCCAUCUUCACGUGGUUUAAGGACGGUCAGCCGGUCAGGCAGGGUGAGGGGGUGAGGGUCACGGCUAAUGGCCGUCGGCUGGUCAUCUCUCGGCCCCAGGUCUCAGACACGGCACGCUUCCAGUGUGUGGCAAGCAACGAGGCCGGAGACCAUAAGAGGGACUUCAAUGUGGCCGUCCAUGUCCCUCCAUCGAUCCGCUCCACCGGUCCCUCUGAGAGGUCCGUGGUCCUCCACAAGCCCAUCAGCCUCCAGUGUGUUCCCAGUGGCACCCCUCUCCCCAGCAUCACCUGGCUCAAAGAUGGCCGCCCUGUGGACACCGCCCAGGAGUACCUGAAGUUGGAGUCGGCCGGUAGGACACUGCAUAUCACGGAGGCCAGAAUAGAGGAUGCUGGGAGAUAUACAUGUGUGGCAACGAACGCAGCAGGAGAGACCCAGCAACACAUCCGCCUCAGUGUCCAUGAGCCUCCAAGCGUCCCUUCUUCUGGAGAGACCUUCAAUGAGACCAUCAUAGCAGGCUACCCCAUCCAGCUGGAGUGCAAGGCCACAGGGAGUCCAGUUCCUGCCAUUACCUGGUACAAGGACGGUCGACCUCUAACCAGCGCAGCCGGGGUGACCAUCCUGAAGCGCGGUCAGCUGCUGGAGAUCGACCGUACUCAGCUGUCCGACGCCGGGCUGUACCGAUGUAUAGCAGUCAACGUGGCCGGAACCUCAGAGCUCUCUCACAGGCUGCAGGUGUACGUGCCCCCUGCCAUCUCCAGCCGCAGUGCCAUGGUGACGGUGGUGGUGAACGACCCUGCCAGGCUGGAGUGUGAGGCCACCGGCGUUCCUCUGCCAAGUCUUACCUGGCUCAAAGAUGGCAGCCCUGUUGCCAGUGUCUCCGAUGGCAUACAGGUGUUGUCCGGUGGUACAGUGCUGUCUCUCAGCAGUGCCCAGGUCAGUGAUACAGGGAAGUACACCUGUGUGGCCGUCAACGCAGGAGGAGAGCAGCAGAGAGAAUACGACCUGCGGGUGUACGUGCCACCCAACAUCAUGGGUGAGGAGGUGAAUGCCACUGUAAUGCUGGGUCGCUCGGAAGAGCUGCGUUGCCAGAGUGACGCGAUCCCUCCUCCCACUCUGUCCUGGCGCAAAGAUGGCCGCCCGCUCUUCAGGAAGCCAGGACUGACCGUGUCGGAGGAUGGGAGUGUGCUGAAGAUUGACAGUGCUCAGGUGCAGGACUCCGGCAGAUACACCUGUGAGGCAACCAAUAUCGCUGGCAAGACUGAGAAGAACUAUAACCUCAAUGUCUGGGUCUCUCCCAGUAUCCGGGGUUCAGAGGAUGUGUCUCCCAUGACAGUGAUUGAGGGAAGUCUGAUCACUCUUGUGUGUGAGUCCAGUGGCAUUCCACCUCCCAGCCUCACCUGGCGCAAGAACGGUUCAGAGUUGAAGUCGGACUCGAGGGUCCGGGCCCUGUCUGGGGGUCGUCAGCUACAGAUCUCCGGUGCUGAGAGGACAGACUCCGCCUCUUACACCUGCACCGCCUCCAACGCCGCCGGCAACACAGCCAAGGAGUACAGCCUGCAGGUGUAUGUCCGCCCUUCCAUCAGACGCAGUGAGGGGACCGCAGGAAAUGACAUCACCAUGACGAGGGGAGGAGACAUCACGCUGCAGUGCGAGGCCGACGGCGUGCCCCGCCCAGCGGUCACAUGGCUGAAGGACGGUAGACCAAUCACAGGCCAGCGUGGGGCUCAGGUGCUAAAUGAGGGGCGGCUCCUACAAAUCAAGGACGCCAAGGUUUCGGACACGGGGCGCUACACGUGUGUGGCGGUGAAUGUGGCGGGACAGGCCGACAGCAAGCAUGAUGUCAACGUACACGUCCCCCCCAGUAUCAGCGGUCAGACCCAGGUCCCAGAGAAUGUGAGUGUGGUGGUGAACAACCCUGUGGUCCUUACCUGUGAGGCCUCCGGCAUCCCUCUUCCUGCUAUCACCUGGCUGAAGGACGGACGGCCAAUCAGAGCCUCCAGCUCUGUCCGCGUCCUCUCAGGAGGGCGGAGCCUUCGUCUGAUGCACGCAGCAGUGGAGGAUGCUGGGAGAUACAGCUGCAUUGUGUCCAACACGGCCGGAGAGGAGAGGAAGAACUUUGACCUGGACAUCCUGGUCCCCCCUAGCAUUGUGGAUGAAGGCACGGUGCAGGAUGCCAAGGUCAAGGAGAAACACAACGUGACACUGACCUGUGAGGUCGCAGGUAACCCAGUGCCGGAGAUCACCUGGCUGAAGGACGGACAGUCGUUAGGGACAGACAGACGUCACCAGGUGUUGUCUCACGGACGGUACCUCCAGAUAUCUGGUGCCCAGGUGGAUGACACGGGCAGGUACAGCUGCCUGGCACACAACAGAGCAGGAGACCGCAGCAGACACUUCAACCUCAAUGUACUGGUGUCUCCCACCAUCGUGGGCUCAGGUCCCGAGGGUUCGGCUGAAGAGGUGACGGUCACCCUGAGUAGCCCCACGUCUCUGGUGUGUGAGGUGCAGUCCUACCCCCCUGCCCUCAUCACAUGGCUCAAGGAUGGGACGCCGUUCGAGUCCAGCCACAACGUCCGAGUUCUGCCAGGUGGGCGGAACCUGCAGAUCCUGAACGCCAAGGAGGAGGAUGCUGGGAGGUACACCUGUGUGGCCACUAAUGAGGCUGGAGACAGCCUGAAGAACUACGAGGUCAAAGUUUACAUUCCUCCCCAAAUCAAUAAGAAUGAUGUCCCAGGUGAGGGGCUGGCCCCCAAAGAGGUCAAGAUAAAGGUCAACAACACUCUGACCCUGGAGUGUGAGGCUCAGGCCAUCCCUACACCCUCACUGCAAUGGUACAAAGACGGACAGGUCCUGAGGGCAGAUGACCAUGUGACAAUUAAUGCCAACGGUCGUAUUGUCAGGAUCAAACAUGCUCAGGUGUCCGACACUGGACGCUACACCUGCGUAGCAACCAACAUCGCCGGGGAGGACGAGAAGGACUUUGAUAUAAAUAUACAAGUCCCUCCUAGUUUCCAGCGUCCCGGGGGGGUGGGAGAUACCACCUCGACACCAGGCACUGGGGGUGAUGUUAAGGAUGUGGUACUAAACAACCCUAUCUCUCUGUACUGUGAGACCAACGCUGUUCCCCCACCCACACUCACCUGGUACAAAGAUGGACACCCAAUGGCCUCCAACGAAAACGUGCUCAUCAUGCCUGGUGGGCGAGUGCUGCAGAUCCCCAGGGCUCAGGCUGAGGAUUCUGGGAGGUAUACGUGCUUGGCGGUGAACGAGGCGGGAGAGGACUCCAUCCAGUAUGACGUCAGAGUGCUGGAGCCCCCCUCAAUCCGCGGGGCGGACCGGGACCUACCUGAGGAGAUGGUGAUCCAGGUGAAUAAGACCACAGUGUUGGAGUGUCAAGUGGACGGAAGUCCCACCCCUAAAAUCACCUGGCUGAAGGACAGUCAGCCAAUAAGCCCUAAAGGACCCCACAGACUACUGUCCAAUGGACGCUCCCUGCAGGUGGUGAAUGCCCAGGUGACAGACACAGGCCACUAUGUGUGUGUGGCUGAUAACCUGGCGGGAAGCGCAGAGAAGUCCUUCAAUCUCAACGUCCAUGUCCCCCCCACCAUAGUGGGAGCUAGCCCAGAGAACGUGACGGUGGUGGUGAAUAACUUUGUGUCUCUAACUUGUGAGGCUACCGGGUUCCCCCCUCCCUCUCUGAGCUGGGUCAAAGACAGGGGUCCUGUACAGGCCAAUACCAACGCACUUAUCCUGCCAGGUGGACGCACCCUGCAGAUUCUGAGGGCUAAGAUGUCUGACGGGGGGAUGUACAGCUGUGUAGCCAUGAACCCCGCUGGAGAGACCAGGAAACUCCUCCACCUCACUGUGUUUGUCCCUCCCAGUAUCAGAGACAGCAGUGGGGACUCUCCUGUGGUGGUGAGUGUGCGUGUGGGCAACUCAGUGACUCUGGAGUGUGAGUCCAACGCUGUGCCCCCUCCCACCAUCACCUGGUACAAGAACGGUCGGAUGGUGACAGAGUCUGCCAACCUCCGCAUCCUGGCACAGGGACAGAUGCUGGAGCUGAAGGGGGCAGAGGUGUCUGACACUGGCCAGUACGUCUGCAAGGCCACCAACGUGGCCGGACAGGUGGAUAAGAACUUCCACCUCAACAUCUAUGUUCCCCCCAGUAUAGACGGUCCAGUGGAGGAGAAGAUAGUGGAGACCAUCAGCAACCCUGUCACCUUUGCCUGUGACGCCACGGGCAUUCCCCCUCCCAGCCUCAUCUGGCUCAAGAACGGUCGGACCAUAGAGAACUCAGAGUCUCUGGAGCUGCACAUCCUGUCUGGAGGCAGUAAGCUGCAGAUCGCCCGCUCCCAGCUCUCAGACUCUGGCACCUACACCUGUAUGGCUUCCAACGUGGAGGGCAAGGCUCGAAAGAGUUACCACCUCACCAUACAAGUCCCUCCCAGCAUCUCAGGUUCGGAGAUGCCCAGUGAGGUGGGGGUGCUGCUGAAUGACAGCGUCCAGCUGGUGUGUCGCUCUCAGGGAACCCCACCCCCCUCCAUCCAGUGGCUGAAGGACGGCAAGGCCCUCAAGGCAGGAUCCAGGGGACUCAGGAUCAGUGUAGAUGGCAGCACUCUGACUGUGUCUGGAGCUCACACCUCUGACAGUGGGAAGUACACCUGUGUAGCCACCAACAAGGCUGGAGAAGAGGACCGGAUAUUCAACCUCAAUGUCUAUGUGCCUCCUGUGAUCAAGGGGAACAGUGAUACGGCUGUGGAUUUGACCACUGUUCUGGACAGCUCCAUCAACAUAGAGUGUGUUGCCGUGGGCUCCCCUCCACCUCAGCUCAACUGGCUGAAGAACGGACUGCCUCUCCCUGUCUCCUCACAGAUACGCCUGCUCUCUGCCGGACAGGUGCUCAGGAUUGCGAGGGCUCAAGUCUCAGACGGCGGCACCUUUACCUGUGUGGCGUCCAACAGGGCUGGUGUGGACAACAGGCACUACAACCUACAGGUUCACGUUCCUCCCAGCCUGGACGGGGCGGGCAGUAAGGAGGACGUUACGGUGGUGAGAGGGAACCUGGCCUCCCUACUAUGUAUAGCUGAUGGAACUCCAAGCCCCUCCAUGUCCUGGCUGAGAGAGGGGGAGGCCUUGGUCCCUGGACCCCACGUCAAGCUGCUCAAUGUGGGCACCACGGUACAGAUCAUCCAGGCCAGGGUGGAGGAUACGGGACGCUACACCUGUGUGGCAAGAAACAGCGCUGGCCAUGCCAGCCGACACUUCCACCUCAAAGUACUGGACCCCCCUCGUAUCAACGGUUCGGGCGUGGCAGCGGAGGUGUCUGUGGUAGUGAACCAUGUUCUGGAGCUGCUGUGUGAAGCCACAGGUAUCCCCGCCCCCACCCUCACCUGGAUGAAGGACGGACGGCCGCUCCCCCAGACAGACAGCCUGCGCGUCCUCAGAGGAGGGGAGGUGCUCAGGAUCUCCUCCCCACAGCUGGAGGACACAGGGAGGUACACCUGUCUGGCCAACAGUCCUGCAGGAGACGACGAUAAAGAGUUCCUGGUCCGCGUGCAUGUUCCCCCUAACAUCGCUGGGGAGAGCACGCCACAGAAUGUGUCAGUGCUGCAGAACAGACAGGUGACUCUGGAGUGCAAGUCAGACGCUGUCCCUCCCCCAGCACUCACAUGGCUCAAAGACAACAAGCCACUCCAGGCCUCCCCUCGUGUGCGUAUACUGUCCAAUGCGCGUUACCUCCAGAUCAACAUGGCUGAGCUGGGGGAUGGAGCUCAGUACACCUGUGUAGCCAGCAACAUCGCUGGCAAGACCACACGACAGUUCAACCUGGCUGUUAAUGUUGCUCCCACCAUAACAGAGGGCCCUCUGACUGUAGCCGUCCACGUAGACCAGCCUGUAGUGUUGGAGUGUAUCGUGAGUGGAGUGCCCGCCCCCCGCGUCACCUGGAGGAAACAUGGAGCCAUACUGGCAGGAACCAACCCCAGGUACAUGUUUGCUGAGGAUGGCUCGCUCCACGUCCCCUCAGCCCAGGUGACUGAUACAGGACGGUAUCUGUGUAUGGCCACCAACCAGGCUGGGACACAACGCAAGAGAGUCGACCUGCAAGUCCACGUUCCCCCCUCUAUCUCCCGCGGUCCCACCAACAUAACCGUGACAGUGAACGUUCAGACCACCCUCUCCUGUGAGGCUACGGGCAUCCCCAAGCCCACGGUCAGCUGGACCAAGAACGGUCAAACACUCAACACAGACCACAACCAGAAUAUGUACAGGUUACUGUCGUCAGGUUCUCUGGUGGUCAUAGCGCCCACAGUGGAGGACACAGCUGAGUAUGAGUGUGUGGUGUCUAACGAGGCAGGGGAGGAGGCCAGAGCCAUACAGCUCACUGUCCAGGUUCCUCCCUCCAUAGCGGAUGAAGCCACAGAGCUGGUGGUGACCAGACUGUCCCCGCUGGUGAUUGGCUGUACUGCGUCAGGAGUCCCAGACCCCAUACUGCACUGGAGUAAAGAUGGGAUGAAACUCCCCAAGGAGGGGAACGGUUACAGCAUCCUGUCCUCAGGUGCAAUAGAGAUCACGUCUUCUGAGCUGAGUCACUCUGGUCGUUAUUCCUGUGUGGCCAAGAACGCUGCAGGCUCCGCCCAUCGCCAUGUCCAGCUCACUGUACAGGAGGUGCCAGUGAUCCAGGUCCACCCCUCCACUAUGGAUGUGAUUGUUAACAACCCCAUCACCCUCCCCUGCAGAGCUACUGGCUCCCCUCUUCCCACCAUCACCUGGCAGAAAGAGGGCAUCAACAUCCCCAGCACCGGAGGUGUCUUCACCGUGCUGCCUAGCGGUGGGCUGCAGAUCUCCAGGGCUGCUGUGGUAGACUCAGGAACAUAUAUGUGUGUGGCCCAGAACCCUGCUGGCACCGCUCUGGGCAAGAUCAAACUCAGAGUACAAGUCCCUCCAGUGAUCAGCUCCCAGACCCAGAGUUACCUGGUGCCCCUGGACUCCUCUGUCACCAUGCUGUGCCAGGCUGAAGGCUCUCCCUCACCCUCCAUGGCCUGGCAUAAAGACGGGCAGCCUCUCAGCGAGUCUGUGCGCCAGCGGGUCCUGAGCUCAGGGUCUCUGCAGAUAGCAUUCGGCCAGCCCGGGGACACGGGUCGAUACACCUGCACCGCAGCUAACGCAGCUGGCACCAGCAGUCUGGAGAUGAGCCUAACUGUACAGAUCCCUCCCUCUAUCCGUAGAGGGGAGUCGGAGGUGUCUGUGGUGGAGAACAGCCAGGCCCAGAUAGCGUGCGUGGCAGAGGGGGUCCCCCAGCCCACCCUGUCCUGGGAGAAGGAGGGGUCCCCCCUGAGCGACACCUCUGGAGAGUACACCAUCCUGCCUUCUGGGGAGCUGGUCAUCGACAUCGCUCAGCCUGAUGAUGAGGGCAGCUACACCUGUGUGGCCACCAACACGGUAGGUCAGGACAGCUGGACGGUCAGUUUGUCCGUCCACACCCACCCUGCCUUCACUGAGCUGCUGGCAGACGUGGCCCUCAACAAGGGAGAGCGCCUACUAAUGGCCUGUGGGGUCACCGGCAUCCCCCCUCCUAAAAUCACCUGGGCCUUCAACAACAUCAUCAUCCCAGCUCACUAUGACCAUGUGAAUGGACACAGUGAGCUGGUCAUCGAGCGGGUUACCAAAGACAACUCGGGAACCUACUCCUGCAUUGCUGAGAACAGUGUGGGAACCAUCAAGUCCCUGGGCUUUGUCUACGUCAAAGAGCCCCCGAUCAUCAACGGGGACUUCCACUCCAACCGAAUCGAGCACCUGGGGGGUAAUGCCAUCCUAAACUGUGAGGUACGAGGAGACCCCCUGCCCACCAUCCAGUGGAGCAAGAAGGGUGUCAACAUCCAGAUCAGCAACCGUAUCCACCAGCUGGACAACGGUUCUCUGGCCAUCUACGGCACCGUGGUACGACACUGUUAUUAA